GUCUCGGUUAUACGCCCUGAAUACCUGCACUCUUAACUCUUAUUUGGUAUAAAUAAGCAAAAAUGUCCCACUGGAGAUCAGAAAACAUUGUUCCUUCAGAGAAUACAGACAGAUUCAAUAUCAUGCAUCAUCACCAGAAUCUCGGAGACGCGACAGCCUUAAACGGAAUGCUGCCGCCUUACGAAGCCAUGGCAAUGUACGAACAGCCAAAACCUCGAUUCAUCUUUAAGAUGCCUCGGGUGGUGCCCGAUCAGAGGUCAAAGUUUGAAAGUGACGAGCUAUUCCGGCGACUGAGCCGAGAAAGUGAAGUGCGUUACACGGGUUACAGAGAACGGGCAGCAGAGGAGCGCCGCUUAAGAUUCAUCAACGAUUGUCGCAAGGGCUAUGCAGAGAUCUCAAUGGUAGCGUCCGGCACCAACCUGCAGCUGUACUUUAACGCCAACCACAAUCCAUAUGCCCAGGAGCAGGAGUGCGAUUUCGAUCGGGAACGUGGCAAAGUACAUCUGCGGUCCAGUUUCAUCAUGAACGGGGUCUGUGUUCGCUUUCGGGGAUGGGUGGACUUGGAUAGACUGGACGGAGUGGCCAGUCUGGAGUUUGACGAAGUACGCGCCCAGCAGGAGGAUGCUCAAUUACAAGAACAGAUCCAAAGCUACAAUCAACGCAUGGCUGAAUCCAAGAGGAUCUACCACACGCCCCAGACUCCACCUGAGGAGCAUCAUCGCAGAGGAGGUCCUGGGAUGCCCGGAGGACCAAUGGGCUGGUAG